AUGGCCGGUAACAACAACAACACUGUCCUCGUCCCGACCCCCGAUCCUUUCCGUCUUACGGACAUGAUCGAGGAAUCCAGCCAAGCUCUGCAUCGACGGGGAGGUCGACGACACUCUGCUGAAAGGAAUGGGAGGACAGGUCAUGAGACCCCCCAAUCCGUCAGAAGACCACCACCUCAACACGUCGAGCAGGCUCAGAAUGAUGAGGCCGAGCAGCUCCAGCCUCAGAACAACGGAGAGGACACAGCUCGGAACGAUCGGAACGCCGAGUUGAUCCAAACCCAGCCUGAACAACCGCUGACUCGCGUCCAACACGAGACUGACCACAGGGACGGGCAGACUGCCUCCUCCUCCACCCGUUCCCGUGAGAGACCGAGAACUCACCAUCGGCAAACUCGGGAUGCUACAGAUGCCCGUGGGGAAACCGACCCCUCAGCCCUCGUCAUCCUCAAAGAGCUGCAGCGGACCAACCGCCUCAUCCGACUCCAGGGCGAACGGAUUGAGAAACUGGAGAAGAGGCAUCGUCACCGCUCUCCCCCACGGAGGCACCGUCGAUCGCGUUCCUCCUCUUCGCGCUCCCCGCCUAGGAGGACUCGCCGACGCUCACCGUCCUCCUCUCGAUCUCCACCGAAAAGAUCCCGCCGCCAGAGGUCCUACUCGCGCUCCCCUCUGCGAAAGAGCAGGAAAAAUUGGAGGCCUGAGCCCGCAGACGAGGAGAGCCCUUCUCCCGACAGAGAGGAAAGAAGGCUCGCCAGGAAAGGGAGGAAACCUCGCAAGGAGGAACCCGCCCGACGCAACACACGCUCGAUCUCUCCGAGUGCCAGCGACGAGGAGGAAUUCCGCAGCCCCUUGUCCGAAAGCAUUAGAAGGGCCCGCCUUCCCCGAGGAAUGGAAAAACCCCCGACUUUGGAUGCGUACGACGGGACUACAGAUCCCGACGAUCACAUCAGAAACCUGGAGGCCGUCAUGGAGUAUCACGUCGUCCACGGCUCCAUCAAAUGCCGGAUCUUCCCGACCACGCUCCGGAAGGGGGCAAUGACCUGGUACAGGAAUCUCCCUCCUAACUCCAUCACGUCUUGGGCCGAGCUCAAGGAACUCUUUCUGAGUCACUUCACUGCUUCCCGCCGUCAACCGAAAUCAGAGGCAAACCUCGAAGCUGUGGUCCAAGGGACCAACGAGCCUCUCCGAGACUACCUCGACAGAUUCAACAAGGAGGCCGUCCAAGUGGAGACGACCGACUACAUGAAAAGGUAUCUCCUCGAGCGAGGGCUCCUCCCCGGCAGCGAAUUCAGGAAAGCGAUAAAGAUCGAAAAAAUGCGAUCUAUGAACGCCAUCUUGAAAAGGGCGCAGGCUUUCAUCUCCUUCGAGGAGGGCGAAGCGGCCGCAGUCAAAGCAUCAAGGGGAAAUGGCGUUACUCGGAGCUCGAGCCAAGACCCGUCCGCCGCGCCCCGAGCAAACGAGAGAAAGAGGGACGACAGGUCCCGCGACACAAAGGAGCGCAGAGGGCCAGCAGGGCGCUUCAACGACUAUACCCCCUUGAAAGUUUCACGGGAGAAGAUCCUGGCCGAGUGCAUAAACGCCGAAUUCAGAAACUCCAACAUCAGGCCCCCGAAGCCGAAUCCCUCCCGGCCGGGGACCGACAAGUCCAAAUACUGCAAGUAUCACAAGAGCCACGGGCACCUGACGGAUGAGUGCAUACACCUGAAGGACGCCAUCGAGACACUGAUCAAAGAGGGUCACCUUUCUAAGUACACAAAGAGAGGAGACCCUCCCAGAAGGAAUGACCGUCGGAGCUCCGACAAGGGCAACUCCCCGAAUGCCAGGCCGCUGCAGGUGGUGUAA